AUAAUCAGACAUGCGUGUUUGCAGCAGCAAUGGUUUCAUGUGAGUCACAGGAUUCGUACAAAUGGGUGCUGAGACGGUUUCUAGAAUGCAUGCGGGGAAAGGCCCCGAAGGCAGUUAUAACUGAUGGGGAUCCUUCUAUGAGGCUAGCUAUUAUGCAUGUAUUUCCAGAUGCUCAUCACAGACUAUGCGCGUGGCACCUACUAAGGAAUGCCACUGCUCAUGUCUCGCAACCACGUUUCACACAGUUAUUCAAACAGUGCAUGCUCGCUGACAUAGAGGUUCAUGAAUUUGAGAGGCAGUGGGAGGCGAUGGUUGGGGAGUGUGGUGUUCGAGAGGUUGAAUGGGUGAUGGACCUCUAUAGUAAGAAGUUGUCCUGGGCAACCGCGUACAUACGGGGCAGAUUCUUUGCAGGUUUAAGGACAACCUCUCGGUGCGAGUCGUUGCAUGCUAAGUUGGGUGGGUUUGUGGAGAGUAGAUAUGGGAUAUUGGACUUUAUUACAAAUUUUCAGAGAUGUGUUGAUUUCCUAAGUGACAAAGAGGAGGAGCUUGACUUUCGUUCCUUUUACGGUACCCCGGUGCUUCAAACGCACUUUCAAGAGAUUGAGAGGUCAGCGGCGACCCUGUAUACCCGUGAAGUAUUUUAUAGAUUUCGAGAGACCUUAAAGCGGGCUGUGAGAUUUAACAUUAUCGACCGGGAGGAUUGUGAAAACGGAUGCUGCUACGUGAUACAAAAGUAUCGCCGACCGGAGUCAACUUGGCAAGUGUUGCACCAGCCGCAGAAAGGAACCUUUGAAUGUAAUUGCCGCAGGAUGGAGUCAUAUGGGAUCCCUUGUGUUCACAUAAUUGUUGUUCUGGUAGGUAUUGAUAUCGGUUAUCUGCCCGAGACUCUGGUCCUCAAGAGGUGGUGCAGAAAUGCCAAGAACAAUGUGACUUUCGUUAGACAAGUUACUGAAACGGGUGAUGCUGCAUCCCGGUACCGCAGCAGACUUGGUGCAUUUGUAGACCAAUGUAAGCGUUUGGCCAAGGUGGCUUGUCUAAGGGAGGAGGACUACAAGGUAUAUAGCGAGAAAAUGGCACGGGAUGUUGUCAUGUUGGAGGUCAAGAAUGGAUUGCGUGUCGCCGCAGAUGUUAAUACACAGCCUAACGGUGAGGGCGGUGGUGGGAUAAAUGAUCCGGUCCGCGUCCGAACAAAAGGCACCGGUAGAGGAAACGUUUCUCAGCAAACCAAGGGACCGAAGAAGAGAAAAUGCAGCGCCUGCGGAAAACUGGGUCAUCGUCGAACUCGCUGCCCCAAUGGGGCUGACCUGCGCCCGGGAUGUCGUGGAUCGCAACGGGUUCCCAAGGGUCGGCAAGCUGAAGCUCAGGCGACAUCGUCACAGACGACUAGACCAGAUCACUUGAACUGUUUUGCCUCUGAAGUUGCAACGGGUCAGCAGGAGCUCCAGAUGGGGGCGGGCACGAGGAAGAGGAAACUAAGGGUUGAGCUUCCAAAUACAUUCCCGCAAUUCAUGUCAUAGGAGGCUAUCGUAGACAAAUAGACUUGUAGUUGCUUUCAUUAUUCCUCUAAGUGUAGAACAUUAUUUUUACGGAUUACGCACUGAGAGGCUAGCCCCCAACCAUGUUGUGUUAUUGACAGUGUGGGAAUAUCAACUUGAUUGAGUUUGUUGGGUUGUUAUGAAAUAUCCUAA